AUGUUAUUUGACUUUAAUUUAUUAGUAGUAAUUAUGUUUUGUAUUAGUAUUAUAGGUAUAAUCAUAAAUAGAAGUAAUAUAAUAUUAAUUUUAGUUAGUAUAGAAAUUUUAUUACUAUCAAUUUCAAUGAACUUUAUGUUAACCUCAUUGACUAAUUUUUCUUUAGAGGGACAAAUAAUAGCAAUAUAUGUAAUAACUAUAGCUGCUAUUGAAUCAGCUAUUGGAUUAUCAAUAAUAGUAGCUUUUUAUAAAAUAAAAGGAUCUAUUUCUUUAAAAUUAUUAAAUUUAUUAAAAGGAUAA